UGUUUAGUUCAAAUAACAUCUGCGACGGAGAGUGUGUUGCUUGAUUCUUAUGAUGUUCUGUGUAGGUAAUUACAUAUUGAUAUUAUAAAACGCGCAGGGAUGAAAAAUCAAGAAAAUCGAAAUUUUUAGUAAGCUGCUCGUUCUCAUGACUCAUGAAACAAUGGCCGAAAAAUUACGCAGAUUGGAGAUAGAGUGUGAACAACUUCGUUCCAAGUUGGCCCAGCAAACAGAAAUACAAAGUGAGGUCGAGUCGUUAAAGGAGGAACUCGAGAAAUCCCUAGAAACGCAUAAAAAUCUUCAGCAGGUAGCACUAGCGUUUGAAGAAGAAAAUCGAGGCAUGCAGGAAAAAUAUAACGCGGUGUUACGCGAUCGCGCGCAGCUGGACGCGUUAAAAAUUGAACUGCAACACGAAAUUGAAACGAAAACGCAAAGUUUUACGAACUUAGACAAACGAUAUAAUAAAUUAAAAGAGAAGAUGGAUAAUUGGGAAAGUGUGGAAGAUUUAGUUUAUAAUUUGGAGAAGGAUAAACGAAGAAACACUGAAAAAAUACAAGAACUUCAAGAGACGCUCGAAGCCUUGAGAAGAGGACAAGAAAUUCGCGAAAAAGAGAAGCUGGAUCGUGUUAAUAAAUUAACAAAAGAAAACACCGAGAUGGCCAUUAAACUAGAAACUUAUAUUGAAGAAAUGGAAGAAAUGGACUCUCGUGUCGAAAGUUUAGAAAAAGAAAAUAAAGAAUUAUUGAAACAAAAUGAACGAGCAAAAACUAUGGAACUGUUUGGUUCACAUACGGCUGAGUUAGUGGAGCUGGAAGCAGAGAAAGAAGAGUUGACAAUCAAACUAGAAAAAGAAAUGAAACGACGGGAAAAUGUUGAAACUGAACUUUUUAAAGUUGAAGAGGAGUUUGAAAAUUAUAAACUACAGGCUGAACAAGAAGAACUUCAAUGGCAGACGAAAAUGCAAAGUUUCGAGCUUGAAGAAGACGAACUUUUAAAUUUCCAGGAUGAUGAGAGUGUUGGGAACGUGGAAGUAAACAAGGAUUUAAAAAACAUUUUACGUCGCAAACAAAUCGCCAUUGGUAAUUUGGAGGGAGAAAAGAAGGAGCUAAUGAAUAAAAUUCAAUCAUUAGAGCAGGAGCGUGAAAUAUUACUCGAAGAAAACAGUUCUCUCGCAAAAGCUAACAUGAACCAGAAGGAGAAGAACGUGGAGGUUUCAGAAAACUUUAAAAACAAGAUUAAUCAACUAGAAAAACAAAUGGAAGAAAUGACUGAAAAUCGAAAAGCGAUGGAGCAAGAGAACUUCGAUCGACUCGUUUCGUCAGCUGAAAAGGAGUACGAAUACAGUCAAAAGUAUAAAGAGAAUCACCGCGAGUAUGAGCGAGUGAAGAACGAGUUGAACGUGGCUCAAGAAUAUCUAAGAUUAGCCACCGACAGAAACUCCGAGUUACAGGCGAAGCAUGAGAAAUUGCGAGACGCAUACGAAAAACUUAUGGGUGAAAAGAAGAACAUGGAAGAGAAUUUCAAACUUGAGAGAAUGAAAUCAGACGAAGCCUAUGAGAAGGAGAAAAACCAAAUGCGCGAGCACGCUGAAGAAGAGAAAGAACAAAGAGCAGGAGAAGAAAGAAACAACUUGUUGAAUCGGAUGAGUUUGCAGUUACAACAAGAACGAUCUGACCAUGAGAGAAGAUUAAUCGAGCAAAACACAGUAAUCCAAAAUCUUGAAGAAAGACUCUCUGCAAUGCGUUCGUUUUAUGAAAGCAAGUCCAACGCGAGUCACUCAACACCAUCGCCUGAAACUACUCCGCCUGUCGCGAUUAAAAAUGGUAGACUUUUUGAUUCGAUGGGUGAUGAACUCGAUAAUGUUAGUCGUGAACGGUCAAACGACAGUGAAAACGAUAUGAAUGAACAAGAAAGUUUAAGCGAUCGUGAACUACGACGAAUAGCGUACAAAAUAGCGGAUGGCAACUGGAACAAUAUUCCUUACGAGAUAGGAAUAAACCAACGAGACGCUUUUCAAAUUACGAACUGUUUAGCAAACGAUCAAGAAAAAGUGUAUCGGUUGCUCGUCUGCUGGAGAGCACAGCACGAUAAUUCUCGUAUCGAACUGCUAAAACUUUUAUCGGAAUCUAUUGAUUCAAAGCGAAAAGACGUUAUUAAAUUUCUUAAGGAGAUGAUUGGUGGACCUGCCAAAGAGUCAGGAGGAUUGAAAACGAAGUUUCAGAAGUUGAAAAGAUCCGUUAAGCGUUAACACGUUGUGACCACACUUCCUUGCCUUACUAAGUCAAUAGUGAAGAUAAAACGAAACCAACAUGUUUCAGUUUAUAGAGUUCAGUCUAGUUAUUUGUGUAUUUAUUUUUUCGCCAGGCGUAGUUUAUUACAGGAUACAACUAUAUUUUGUAAAUAUUUUUCUGUAGCGAAAUUAUGAUCUGGAAUUUCUAUAAAAUAAAAAUAUUGAGAC